AGUGGCUUUUGGUCUCUGUUUUGUUUUCAGCUGUUUGAAUUUAUGAACUUCCUGGCUGAAAAUGUCAUCUUCUGCUACAUGGGCCUGGCUCUGUUCACCUUCCAGAAUCACAUUUUCAAUGCUCUUUUUAUACUCGGAGCCUUUCUAGCAAUUUUUGUUGCCAGGGCCUGCAACAUUUACCCCCUCUCCUUCCUCCUGAAUCUGGGCAGAAAGCAGAAGAUUCCCUGGAACUUCCAGCACAUGAUGAUGUUUUCAGGUUUGCGAGGUGCCAUUGCCUUCGCCCUGGCCAUCCGCAACACGGAAUCUCAGCCCAAACAGAUGAUGUUCACCACCACACUGCUCCUUGUGUUCUUCACUGUCUGGGUGUUUGGAGGAGGAACGACCCCCAUGCUGACGUGGCUUCAGAUCAGAGUUGGUGUGGACCUGGAUGAAAGUCUGAAGGAAGAGCCCUCCUCACAGCAGGAAGCAAAUAAGUUGGACAAAAACAUGACGAAGACAGAGAGUGCACAGCUCUUCAGAAUGUGGUAUGGAUUUGACCACAAAUACCUGAAACCCAUCCUAACACACUCAGGCCCUCCACUGACCACCACCUUGCCGGCAUGGUGUGGCCCAGUCUCCAGGCUGCUCACCAGUCCGCAGGCCUAUGGGGUGAGUGAAUGA